AUGGUAAGAAAACACUCAGAGACUAACCCCCAGACCCCAAACCCCCAGACCCCAAACCCCCAGACCCCAAACCCCCAGACCCCAAACCCCCAGACCCCAAACCCCCAGACCCCAAACCCCCAGACCCCAAACCCCCAGACCCCAAACCCCCAGAGACCCCAGGCCCCAAACCCCCAGGCCCCAACACCCCAGGCCCAACAAACCCCAGGACCCCAACAGACCCCAAACCUUGAGACCCCAAACCCCCAGGCCCCAACACCCCAGGCCCAACUCCCAAACCUUGAGACCCCAAACCCUCAGGUCCCCAACCCCCAGACCCCAAACCCUCAGGUCCCCAACCCCCAGACCCCAAACUUCCAGACCCUCAAACCCCAGGCCUCAACCCCCAGAGACUCAAACCCCCAGGCCCAACCCCCAAACCUCGAGACCCCAAACCCUCAUGUCCCCAACCCCCAGACCCCAAACCCCCAGACCCUCAAACCCCAGACCCUCAAACCCCAGGCCCCCAAACCCUCAGGUCCCCAUUCCCCCAAACCCCCAGUCUCCCAAACACCCAGGCCCCCAAAACCUCAGGCCCCCAAACCCCCAGUCUCCCAAACCCCCAGGCCCCCAAACCCCAAGUCUCACAAACCCUCAGUCUCCCAAACCCCCAGGCCCCCAAACCCCCAGUCUCCCAAACCCCCAGGCUCCCAAACCCCCAGGCCCCCAAUCCCUUAG